AUGACGUACGUGCGAAAUUAUGGAACUCCGGAUUUAUUUAUUACGGUCACAUGCAAUCCGAAGUGGACGGAAAUUGAACACGAGUUGGAACCGGGUCAAAAACCGCAAGAUCGCCAUGACAUAAUCGCCAGAGUAUUUCAGCAAAAACUCAAGGUUAUGAUGGAUGUGCUUACUAAGUAUCGAGUUUUUGGUGACACACGUUGUUAUAUGUACUCGGUGGAAUGGCAGAAGCGUGGACUACCGCAUGCUCAUAUCCUAAUUUGGUUGCUGAACAAAUUACAUUCAAAUGAAGUGGAUGACAUCAUAUCAGCUGAAAUUCCUGAUCCAGUCACUGAUCCCCGUCUACACGACAUUGUGACGACACAGAUGGUGCAUGGACCGUGCGGUGCAUUAAAUCCAUUAUCGCCUUGCAUGGCUGAUGGAAAGUGCACAAAACGAUAUCCGCGACCGUUAGUUGCUGAAACAGUCACAGGGAACGAUGGAUAUCCAGUUUAUCGUCGGCGUUCAAAAGAAGAUAACGGUCGAACUAUCAAAGUUAAAGUUCAAAAUCAAGAGAUUGAGAUCGGAAAUGAAUUCAUUGUACCAUAUUGCCCGCUGCUAUCACGAAUUUUCGAAACACAUGCAAACGUUGAGAGUUGUCAUUCGGCCAAAUCAAUCAAAUAUUUGUGCAAGUACGUCACAAAAGGCAGCGACAUGGCUGUGUUUGGUAUUGCGUCGGACAAUGUGAAUGACGAAAUCAGCAACUUCCAAAUGGGCAGAUACGUCAGUACUAAUGAAGCACUGUGGCGAUUAUUGUCAUUUCAAAUUCAUGAAAGAUAUCCCACAUUUGUACAUUUAGCAGUGCAUUUGGAAAAUGGCCAAAGAGUUUACUUCACUGAGGCUAAUGCGGCACAACGAGCUGAGAGACCACCAUCGACAACAUUGACUAGCUUCUUUGCAAUGUGUGAAGCAGAUCCAUUCGCAGCGACGCUGAUGUACGUUGAAAUGCCCAAGUAUUACACUUGGAAUCAAUCAACAAAGAAAUUCCAACGUCGCAAACAAGGAACCCCAGUUCCAGACUGGCCACAGGUGUUUUCAACUGAUGCACUAGGUCAUUCAGUUGUUUCAUCAAAUGCGUACCAAAUACGAACGCUGUUCGCAAUUAUCAUCACCACAUGUUUUCCUUCACAACCAAUUCAGUUAUGGAACAAAUACAAAGACGCCAUAUGUGAAGAUAUCUUGCAUCGCUUGCGUAUUCAAACGAAUAAUCCUGACAUCCAAAUAACCGAUGAAAUCUACAAUGAAGGAUUGAUUCUGAUUGAGGAUCAAUGCUUGACUAUUGCAAACAAGCUACUGAUUGAAGUAGGAAUGAUUGCGCCAAAUCGAUCGAUGCACGAUGCAUUCAACCAAGAAUUAAAUCGAGAGCUGCAAUACAAUGUUGAUACAUUGCAGGAAUUCGUUAGAAAUAAUGUUCCCGGUGGACAAAAUACUGGUGGUCUAUUCUUCCUGGAUGCACCUGGAGGAACAGGGAAAACAUUUGUCAUUUCAUUGAUUUUGGCCACUAUUCGAUCAAGAUGUGACAUAGCUUUGGCGUUAGCAUCAUCUGGAAUUUUGGCGACUCUUCUAGAUGGCGGUCGUACUGCACAUUCUGCGCUUAAGUUGCCACUCAAUUUAAACACAAUUGAUACUCCAACGUGCAAUAUUUCCCGAUCCAGUGCAAUGGGAAAAUUGUUAAUGCAAUGCAAGCUUAUUGUUUGGGAUGAGUGCACAAUGGCACAUAAGAAAUCACUUGAAGCACUUAACUUCACACUGAAGGAUCUUCGGAGAAAUAACAACAUCUUUGGCGGCUUGAUGAUAUUGUUGGCAGGCGAUUUCAGGCAGACGUUGCCAGUAGUUCCCCGUGGAACGCCUGCAGAUGAAUUGAAUGCUUGCCUAAAGGCAUCACCUUUAUGGAAUAACGUAAAAACAUUAUCGCUAACCACUAAUAUGAGAGUUCAACUUCAAAAUGAUCAAAGUGCUGCACAAUUUUCCAAACAAUUGUUAGAUCUUGGAAAUGGAAAAGUCCCAGUUGAUGCGACAUCUGGAUUAAUUACUCUUACCAACGACUUUUGCCGAUUUGUAGACACUCAAUUAGUUCUUAUUGAAAAUGUUUUCCCAAACAUUAGUGAGAAUUAUAAGAAUUAUGCUUGGUUAAGUCAACGAGCAAUUCUUGCAGCAAAGAAUAAUGAUGUCCACGCACUGAAUUUCACCAUUCAAUCAAAAAUUGCUGGCGAUUUGGUGACAUACAAAUCCGUUGAUUCAAUAACAAAUCCCGAUGAUGUAGUAAAUUAUCCAACGGAGUUUUUGAACUCUCUGGAGAUACCAGGAUUUCCACCACAUAACUUGCAACUGAAAGUUGGUACAGUUAUUUUGAUACUGCGUAAUUUGAAUCCACCGCGACUUUGCAACGGUACUCGACUUUCGGUAAAGAGACUUAUGCCGAAUUUAAUUGAGGCAACCAUUAUUAACGGAAAGUACGCAGGUGAAAAUGUAUGUAUUCCUCGAAUACCAAUGAUUCCGACUGAUCUUCCGUUUGACUUCAAACGAUUGCAAUUCCCAGUUCGCCUUGCGUUCGCAAUGACAAUUAAUAAGUCGCAAGGCCAAUCGCUUAGUGUUUGCGGGAUAAAUUUGGAAAAUCAUUGUUUUUCACAUGGACAGUUAUACGUUGCGUGUUCACGAGUUGGGAACCAUCCGCUUUGUUUGUGUUAA